AUGUGGCCCAGAGGCCUGGAGAGUUGCGCGUGCCGCCUCGCGGCCCCGCGCUCCCGACACUCCUCUUCUGUCUCUGGGUCUGACCCCGACCCCGCUGUUCCUAUCCCUGCUGCCUCUGAGUCUGUCCUCGGCGCCGGCCCUCCCCUCGCUGACUCUGACUCCUGCCCUGGCAGCCCCGCUGACUCUGACUCUCGCCCUGACGGCCCCGCUGACUCUGACUCCGACUCUACCGGCCCUCCCCCUGCUGACUCUAACUCUAGCCCCGGUUGCUCCGCUGCUCCUCACUCCGCCUCCGGCCGUGACGUCCAGCAUAAGCGUGGCCGCUGCUCCUCCUCUUCGUCAGCUGCCUCCUCGACUGAGGGCUUGCCUUCUGAUGAGCCCGCCGACCCCUCUGCUUCUCGGGCGUGUAAGUCGCGGAGAGUUCAUGAUCGAAUGGAGGACUCUGAGUCGGGGUCAAGCUUGACAUCUUCAUCUGAGUCAGAGGUUUUCGUAAAUGUCCUCGACGAGGAGACUGCUCCUUCACCCCACGCGCCCCCCAUCAACAACCCUGCGGGUGAUGACGGCUGGCAGACGGCAGGCUCCAAGAGGCAACGUCGCUCCUUCCUGGAUGAUUCUGCCUUGUCCGCCGGCGCUUCUACCUCGCUGCCCCCUCGGCACCCCUCUCGCCCCCAGUCACUUCUGCCCCCGCCACCUCGGACUAUGAACGCCCCUGCUGCUGCUCAACCCGCUUCGCUGCCGAAGCUGCUCAUUCCGGCGACUGUCGGCUUCGAAACGACCCUCGACCUCGCCGAGGCACUGGAGCAGCAGCUGGGCGAACGCCUCUCCCUCAAGUGCCCAGCACAACACCCUGCUCGCGGUGAGGGAGGUAUCCGGCGUCCCUGUGCAGCUGAGGGUGGCCCCUGGGCGAACACCAAGGGCGUGCUGCUAGCAUACCCUGUUGCCAUGCCCCUCAGGCCACUGUUGCGCCAUCCACGCGUGUUGGAGGCAGUGCGCUGCACUACCCGGGACGGACCGACGCGCCAGGUAUUUGUCACGGUCGCGGGGCCGCUGCCGGGCUCGUUGGACCUGGGGAGCUGGGGGACCUUCUACACGCGCCCCUACAGCAAGGAACCCCUCAGGUGCUACAAUUGCCAGCAGUUCGGCCACCACCGGGCCAGGUGCAGCCGUCCCCCGGUCUGCGGCAUAUGCUCUGCCAGUCACGACACGGAGCGGUGCCUGUCAAAGCGAGAGCUGGUCGACAAACAGCGCACUGUCGAACAGCGCUGGGUCGUCACUCAUCGCCCUGCUCCUCUCGGCACAUUCCGCUGGGGCGCCCAGCAGCCCCCAGCGUCCACGGCUGCUCCAACGCCCCGCCUCUCCCAGGUUGCCCACCAGCCAUCUCUUGCACCCCCUUCACCACCUCCGUACGAGGAGAGCUUCCCUCCCCUUACCCCACGCCAUCUGUCACCGCCUCCGCCGGCCCAACUCACAGCUCCCCAAGCGCCCAACGCCAGUCGCCAGUCCCGCCCCCUCACUACAGCAACUCCCACUGCCGCCCCUCCCGGCUGUCUCCUCAUCACACGGGAGAUGAUGGUGGGCCUCUUGGAGGGCUUCGGGCGGAUUAUCGCAACGGCACUCAAGUCGGACGUCGAGCCGAGAGUGUUCUCGGACGCAGCGCAGCAGGUGGUGGGCAAUCUCUUCCCGGAAACGCCGGCCCAGCAAGCUGUCGUACCUCCUGUGCGGGCUCCUUCCCCCGGCGGGCCAUCAUCAACCCCACCUACGCCGACCCCUCGUGCUCUGAAGACCCCCCUUCCACCUCCUCCUGCCCUCGUGCACGCGAGCAGCUCCGCACCCCUCCCAACUCCUCCGUCCGUUGCAACCAGCCAGCGCUAUCCGUUGGUGGCACCGCCCCCUGCUCCCACCUCCCUGAACGCGGGCGGGCUACCGACCCGGUCAGUGAUGGACCGGUACGGGCGCUCCAGGAAGCUGUCCGUGUAA